UCGUUGUUGAUGUUGAUGUUGUGAUUUGAAUUUUGAACUUGAAGUGGAUUUGAAUUUUGAGAUUUGAUUUGUUUAUUGUUCCUAUCGAUACUCAAUUUCGUCGGUGAAUUCAAUUAUAAAUUUCCAUAUUUCUUUAUCCGUUUGUGUUACUUCUGAAAAUAUAUUCGAUGAUAUUGGAAUCGAAACAAAAAAAUGGAUUGUAAUUCUAUGUGUCUUGAUCCGUCGCUAGAAAAACAACUUACAGGACACCGUAACAGCAUAACUGCUUUAUUCUAUAAUCGCAAUGAAAAGCAGUUGGCUAGUAGCUCAUUAGAUAAUAGUAUUUUGCUAUGGGACUUAUGUGGUACCAUGAAAAGCUAUAGAUUUCAGGGCCAUGAUGAAGCUGUAACAGAUGUAACAUUUUCACCAUCAGGGAAAUAUAUGGCUUCUGCGUCUCGUGACAAAACCGUCAGAAUAUGGGUGCCAACUGUCACAGGCAGCACAGGAAUGUUUAAAGCACAUUCACAAACUGUGCGAUCAGUUCAGUAUAGUCCAGAUGGAAGUAAGAUAAUAACAGCAUCAGAUGAUAAAAUAGUUAAAAUUUGGUCUAGCGACAAGCACAAGUUCAUAGCUUCAUUUGUUGGUCAUACAAACUGGGUAAGAAGAGCCGCCAUGUCCAGUGAUGGCUCUGUUAUAGCUUCAUGCUCUGAUGAUAAGAGCACUAAGCUGUGGAACCCUGAUACAGCAGAGUGCAUUCACACAUACAAAGAUCAAAACAGUCAUGGAAUGUAUCUAGCUUGGCAUCCAUCAAGCUGCUAUAUUGCUGUUGGUACAUCAAAAGGGAAUAUAAAAUUAUAUGAUGUCAGAACUCAUAAUCUUGUUCAGUACUACAGUGUCCACAAUGAUGCAGUAACACAGCUAGCAUUUCAUCCAAGUGGGAGUUACAUAUUGACUGCAAGUAAAGAUGGUAAAAUGAAGAUUUUAGAUCUAUUGGAGGGGCACCCAAUCUUUACACUGAGCGGCCAUAAUGGGGCAGUAAAUGCUGUAACCUUUUCUCCUAGUGGGCAAUCCUUUGCUUCAGCUGGUGAUGACAAAAUGGGUGUGAAGAUGUGGUAUUUAUGCUAUCACAGCAAAAAGUAUCCUGUGACCAACUUUGCUCAUAUUGAUAAUGCAAUAGACGUUGCAAAUGAGUCUGUAAGAAAUGCAAGUUUUCAAGAAGGUGCUCCAAAUGCUCACAGUACUGCCAUAGAUUCAAUGUGGCAAAGCGAAUAUCAUGGCUCUAGACCUAAUUCGGCAAAUGUUGGCAAUUCCCAAAAUGUUAUUGGCAAUACAAAUUCAGAAUGCCAUGGUGAAUGUGAGUCAGCGGCAUGUUUGUCUUACAGUGUAGGUCACAUCAGCCACAUUCCUCGCACACCACCAACACCAGGCACAUACACUGUGCCCAAAAUUAUUAACAAAUCAAUCGGAACAGAGAAAAACUAUGAAGACAUUUAUGGUAUGAUCAAACUUGGAGAUAACGACGUAUGUUACACUAGUGGGACUAUAGAAUGGGUGGGUCGAAAGAGAAGUUUUCCCAUUAAUAGCGGUUUUAAAAUUCUUGGUCAAACCAACAGACAGAUAAGUGAACCUGUUGUAAAAAAGGUAAAAAGACUGAACACAACUUUUACAAGUGGAUUGGAUAAACUGGAUAAAAUAAAGGAAUGUGAAUGUGCUGAUGUAUUGCCAACUGUGAAUGCUAUUGUUGAUCAUUUGAAUGCACUGCAUGAAGCCGUAGAUCUUGUUGAUUUAAGGCUUAACACACUGGAAGAUGCGAUCAGCAAGAAUGAUUAGAAUUAAUUCAUUUAUUAUUAAUAUUUGUGAUAUUAUAAUAAUGUGAUGUAAUAAUAAAAAAAUAAAAAGAAGUAUUUAUUUGUAAAAAAUAUAA